AUGCCUGAAACGCGAUACCUCAUUGAGGCGAACGUGUUGGAGCAUUCCAAGCAGAGCGUCAGUUGGGGAGGGACAACAACUAGACCACUGAUGCAUCUUGUAAGAUCGCGUUCAGCCUUCACUGCCUCCACAGGCUGGGAGCUCCAGCCGAGAGCAAUGGAGCGUUUUGCUGCGGUGAUAACAAUGGGGUUAUGCGCCACCGUCCCAACUGGCUCUUCGAGUCUUACCAUCCGUUUCAACUCACAGGGUUUCCCAGUUUGUCCGCGAGUCACCAUCGGUGUGCCGCUAACUCGACAUGCUGCUGCGGGCUCGCCGUUCCUCUCGCCGUUCCUCUCGCCGUUCCUCUCGCCGUUCCUCUCGCCGUUCUCUCCCCCGUUCCUCUCGCCCUACUUCUCGCCGUGCCUCUCGCCGUGUCGUGGUCCUCACUCUGCCGCCCUCGCCUUUUCCACUUACAAUCCGUCGCAGACGUGGACCGACGACUCCGACUGGGAUUGCGACAUGCUCGAGUUCAUCAUCUGCGACCCUAACGGCAUGAUAGUUUCCUUGGGCGGUGUGAACAAGCAACUGCCCGGACCUAUCCCCGACUCCAUCAGCAACCUCGACAAGCUCGAGAGCCUAGACAUCAGUUACAACACUGCCAUGGCUGGGCCCAUUCCAGCUGAAAUCGUGAAGCUCACCAGCCUCACCUACCUGAACAUGAGGGGGUGCAACGCGGAUGGCUCCCUCCCUUCAGACUUGGGCGCCAUGACCAGUCUUGCCAACCUGUUUCUGUCACGAAACACCCUCAAGGGGCCCAUUCCAGACUCCCUGGGAGACAUUGAGGCACUUAUGGAACUGGACCUGUCUCACAACCAGCUCUCUGGAUCCAUCCCUGCAAACCUUGGCUCGUUGUACAAUCUGCAAGUUCUUCUUCACGCAAUGCACCCACCACCUUGCGUAUCCUUCACCUCCGUCUUUGAAGGGUAUCCAUCAUGCAUUUUCAUUUCCUCUCCUUGCCAUCGUCGUCACCAUCACCAUCACCAUCACCAUCACCAUCACCAUCACCAUCACCAUCACCAUCACCAUCACCAUCACCAUCACCUGCCCAUAACCAUCACCAUCACCAUCACCAUCACCAUCACCAUCACCAUCACCAUCACCAUCACCACCAUCACCACCACGGUUUCUAUCCCUUUGGCCUGCAGGUCACUGGCAUCGAACCAUCUGUAUGGCUCCAUUCCCGACAGCGUCACGAACCUAGGCACUCUACUCUCCUUUGACCUCUCCCACAACUACCUCACAGGCCCCGUACUGAAGCCUGCUGGAGCGUAUGCAGACCUAUCCAGCAACUACCUCUCAGGCGCUCUCACCACCGAGCAGUCAGACUCGCUGGGAGCCAACUGUCUCACCACUUCACCUGCUGGGGCCACCUGGUUGGCAGAGCAGCGGCCUGAGGCAGCCUGCCGAGCGUUCUGUGGGAUUUCCAUGCGCACGAAUGCUGCUGCGUGUGGUGGCCGUGGGACGUGCUAUCCUGAUGGGCCUAGCUUGGCUCCGACCUGCUCGUGCGAUGCUGGGUUUGUUCAGUUUGCAAGCAUCUACUGCCUUGCGGAAGGCUCGGUGCUAACCUCUCCACUGGACAGGAACAUUCUCCUGCCAGGAGCCGUGCUCACUAAGGGGACGAAAAAGGAAGCUACAGGGGCGUUCACAGAAGCACCAGUGACCCUGUUCGUGUUUGAGAAAGGCCGCGAGGACGAAGGGUGCGGGUUCGAGCUGGGCUUUAACGUCAACUUCACCUUCUCCCUCUCGCCCAAAGGCAAGGCCAUUUCCAACGGGUUUGCGUUUGUGGUGUCGGCAACAACCACGGUGGGGAGCAGCGAUGGCGUGGGGUACGGCGGGAUGGACCCCCGCAGCAUGGCCAUCGAGUUUGACGUGCUUCAGACCAAGGCACUUGGUGACAUGAAAGAGCAGCACGUGGGGUUGAACGUCAAUGGGAAUGAAAAGUCUAUCGCGGCUGUGAAGUCCCCGUUCUCGCUGGCCAACAAGCAGGCAUACACGGCAUGGGUGGACUACCAGCCUGGCGAUCCCGGCACCAUCCAGGUCUUCCUCGCAAAGGGCGCAGUGACGAGUGCAGGGAAGACGGCAGCGAAGCCAGAGAAGCCAGCGAAGCCGGUGCUGGAGAGGCGGGUGUCGCUGUGUGAGGUGCUGCGGGGAGGCGAGCAGGAGCAGCUGCAGGCGUUCUACUUUGGCUUUGUGGCUUCCACCACUGUGAAACCGUUCAUGAGCCAAAUCAUUCUCACCUCUGCCAUGCACGCAGACCUUCCACCACCACGGGCACCAGUGGACGUCACUCCAGCCUUGGGUCUGAAUGUCACGGUGGACACAUAUGCGCCAGUACGGGCGAGUCCGUUCCCGCGCUACGUGAGUGCGGACUACCGGGUGGCGGCCAACAAGCAGGACUCGUGGGUCUUCAGGGACCUCCACUCCUGGGACUCCGUGCCCUUCCUCGGCUGGCCCGUCAAGAACCAGGAAGCAUGCCAGGCAUGCUGGGCGUAUGCAGUGGUGGCGAGCAUAGAAGCAGCAUACGGCAUCGCAACGAAUGCAGAGGCGCCACAGCUGUCAGUGGACUCGCUCUUUGCAGCCAUGGGGCUCACCUCUCAAGACAAGAAGUGCACCGCUGGGGGCUCACCCACAGACGCCUUUGAGAAGCUGCUCGCCCUGCCCAAAGGGGGACUCACCCUUGCUGACAAUCCGGUACGGCGAGCACAGGGGAAGAAGUACGCUAUUCAGGGCUUUGAGCGCACGCGGUUCAAGGGGUAUGUGGGGCUCAUGCUGGCAGUGCAGCGGCAGCCAGUGGUGGUUCACAUCGAAGCCUCUGCUCCCACGUUCACCACUUAUGACGGGACGUUCAAGUACCAGGACCCUGCGUGCUACAGUGGCAACCUGAACCACGUGGUGCUGCUGGUGGGAUAUUUCAUUCUCCGAGACGACGGCAGUCAGAGUCGCAUUGCUCCGCCGUUUUGGAUCAUCCGCAACUCGUGGGGCGAGGGCUGGGGCGACAGGGGCCACAUGCGCAUGGACAUUCAGGGAGGGGAUGGCGUGUGUGGCAUCAACGUGCUGCCUGGCAUCUACCCCAUUGUCAAGAUCCCAGGAGAUCCGUGUGGCAGCAAGAGCUACAAGGGCGAUGGUGACUUGCAGCCCAGCAUGAACCCGUGUGGCCGAUUCACAUGCAAGGCCAACAGCAAGACCAACAGCAACACAUGCGACUGCACGCUCUCUUCUGAGACCAAGCAACCCUUCGUGGAGCCUUCAGCCCUUCCCCCGUUCGCCACUACCACCCCCUUUUUCCCUGUCACGGCAGUGGACGUGUGUGGGUCGCACUUCAAGAACCCCUGCAACCCAUGUGCCGUGGGCACAUGCAUCAACGAUGGCAAGGGCUCCUACUCCUGCAUCUGCCCUCCCAACCACGUCCCCAGCCGAACCAUCGAUGACUUUCCCACCUGCGACCCAGCCAACGAAACGGCCACGAGCCUGGUAGUGAGCGGGGACAAGUGGGCGUGCGCGGACGUGUAUGGCCUCGUGGGGCUCUCCUCCUCGCAGUUCGCCCAGCAGAACCCGGCUAUCAGUUGCUCCCAGCCGUUGCCCAAGGAUGCGGUGCUUCACAUUGCCGGCACUCCUACCAUCCCCUGCACGGGAUUCUUCUACACCCUCGAUGGCGACAAGUGUUCGACCGUCGCCUCAUCAGUGGGAAUCACAAAGAGCGACCUCAUGGCUCUCAACCCCGGCCUAGACUGCACGCAGACCAUCAAGCCCGGCCGCUCCCUCUGUGUGGAGCGCAACGCCACAUACGCUUACAAAGCUCCUGAGUGUGUCAAGUACGCCACACUCACAGCAGAGGACACCUGUGAGCGCCUGCUGAAAGGGUCCGGAAGCGAGAAGGUUGAGCCCUCCUCCUGGGCCGAGCUCUACCGCAACAACCCCGGGCUCGUCUGCUCCAACACCGUCCCUGGCUCUGCUUCGGCUGUUGGCAGCAACAUUGGCGUGCAGGUGGGAGGUGGGAGGACUCCCAAGGUGUGCCGCAUCUCGACAUGCUGCGGACUCGCUGUGCCUCUCGCCGUGCCUCUCGCCGUGCCUCUCGCCGUGCCUCUCGCCGUGCCUCUCGCCGUGCCUCUCGCCGUGCCUCUCGCCGUGCCUCUCAUCGUGCCUCUCGCCGUGCCUCUCUCCGUGCCUCUCGCCGUGCCUCUCAUCGUGCCUCUCGCCGUGCCUCUCAUCGUGCCUCUCGCCGUGCCUCUCUCCGUGCCUCUCGCCGUGCCUCUAGGCCCGUGUCGUGGCUCUCACUCUAGCUCCCGUGUAGUACCCAGAAGGAGGGGUACCAUCGCGGAAAAGGGAAGUGCGAAAAAAAACCUAAAAGUUACUGUUUCGUAA